UCAUUUUUAUAACGUAAUUAAUUACCAUAAUCAUCUUUGUUUUCUACAAUUUCUAACGAGAGAAAUAUGGCAAAUCAAAAGAAGUUGGAGGGGCAAGUAGAGCUAAACUGCUCAGCAAAGAAGCUAUUUGAACAAAUAAUGGCGAAACUACCCGACAUUCACAAUAUUUGCACCAGCAAAGUUGCAAAGAUUGAGGUCCAUGAAGAUGCUUGUACUUGCGUGGGUAGCGUCAGGAGAUGGGACUGUAUCAUUGGAGGAAAGUCACAAUACUUCAUAGAGAGGAUUGAGGCAGUUGAUGAAGAGAAUAUGAAGAUUCAUCGCAAAGUGAUUGAUGGAGAGGUAAUGAAGAACUACAAGAGCCUGGAAAACAAUAUCCAGGUAGUUUCAAAGGGUGAUGGCAAUUGCAUCUUUGUUUACAGUCUUGAAUAUGAGAAGGUGAAUGAAGCUGCACCAGAACCUCAUGAUGUGCUAGAGUUUGCACUUUCUGUUUUCAAGGAACUUGCUGCUCAUCCAUCAAUGGUCCCUAAUUAAUAAGGGCACCUACCUAAUAUGCAUAUUAUCCCUAAAUUCCACUGUGUAUGUGGGUGGUCUAAAUCAAUGUAUGCUCCAAUAAGCUAUAUGCCUAUAUCUUAUACAUAUAGCAAACUAUCUUAAUUAAUUAUGUACGCAUCAUUAUGAUGUUGUGCUGACUAUGUAGUAUGAAAGCAUGAGGCUUAGUCUCUAUGGCUAUGUAUUACUCCUAAAUAGUAUUCCAUGCGUUUCAUAAUAUAAGUUCUUAUUCUGUUUUUACACAGAAAUUUAAGUUAA